AUGGCGUUAGACUUACCCUAUAGGGCUAAAGAAACAAGUCCAACUCUGAUCCGCCCCGAGUUCGAUAUGCCGGUGCUCGGCGACCAGGGCCAGGAUGAUAACGUCGUCGAGGCUGCGCGACUUGCACAGCUCUGCCGGACAGCUUUGGCAAGACUCGCAGCCACGAUGCCAGGCUUCAAUCCCUCAAAGCCCUACAGCGCUGCCGAGAUACUGGCCAUGCCCUUCUAUCACCCCUCGGCAAGGGCCGAUGAAGAACUUUUGACGCUCCCGAGGAGAAAGUCCAAGAGGAUGUUGCUCGCCGCCGCGGUGGCGGAACUAAUGUUUCCCUCGAGGGCGGGGUCCCUCUCGCCAUUAAUUCGGUACGACGCCGACAGAGUCAAGCUACGGGGCUGGGUCAUGCUGCAGAGAGAAUUCGAUCUCUUCGUCGCUUUCGGCCUCAGUAGGCUCGGCGCGAACGGAGGCGCUGCACCAUGCGUUUGGGUGGAAGGGUGGGCUAGGCGGAUAGCGGAACAAGGAGAAUGGGAUGAGGAGGACCACCCAGUGUCUUUGCAAGGCGUCAAAUUACCCGAGGCCAAGACUACGUUGGCAGCCCUGAGCGACUUGCAGCCCCUCAUCAACCAUCUCGCCAGAGGCGGAACCUAUGCUUUGCCCAACGGACUCGGCGGCGCCGAGCUAAACGGCGGAAAGGGCGAGGUCUACUAUCGGACGAGGGGGAUCGAGUUCCCCAGGGGCAUCGUGCUGGAGGAUGGGAGGCUGGACCUCUUUCAGACAGGACUGGACCCUGAGCUCCUCGCGCAUGUCCUGCGGAGCCUGCGCAGAAAUGAGUUUGUCAGGCAUCUCCUACUCGGCAACAAUAGGAUCGGCGAGGAUGGAUGCGCCGCGGUGUCUCAGUUCUUGAAAGCCGUCCCCAACCGUAUCGAGAACUGGGAGUUAGGCGGAGGUGGCAUCGACUCAUCGGCUUUCAAGUUACUCGUGGACGGCAUGGUCGGAUCAAGAAGCCUGGCGAGCCUGUGGCUCAGAGGAAACCCGCUAGGCCCGGAAUCCGCGAAAGACCUAAUGCGACUAAUCACCCGAACAAGGAACCUUCAAAUUUUAGAUCUGGACGAAACCCACCUCGGUGACGCUGGCGUCGCUGCCCUCUUCAAUAAUCUCGCGUUGUAUCUGGAGGCGGGAGAUACCAGCCCCUUGCCCCUGGAGGUUGUGUAUCUUAGCGGAAAUGGCAUCUCUGUCAAAGCAGCGCGGGCCAUCUCCAGGUUUCUGUCGCUCCAGGCUCGGCCUCAGUCGCCGCAUCGCGUUCACUCCAUUUACCUCUCCAAUAACCCCAUGGGGAGCCAGGGGAUAAAGAUCCUAGCCGAGGGUGUUCGGUCGGCAAGAUAUCUUCAGCGGCUUGCUCUCCAAUCCGUCGGUCUCGGUACCAAGGGCCUGGUGCCCUUUUGUAAUGCACUUCGAGGACACCCGGCUAUCCGAAGCGUCGACCUCAGCCAAAGCCUAGCUACCGGUUCGUUCGGACAGGCAUUCAAUCACAUUGGUGAUGACAGCGCCCCCGCCCUGUGCUCACUUCUGAUGCCGUUCGAGUCGAGCCACCCAGGUCCCAUGUUGGAGCACCUCUCCCUCGGCCACUGCGGCCUAUCGGCAUCCGCUCUCCAAACGGUCCACGACGCGGUCCGCCGCCACCCGUCGCUCACAUUCUUCUGGGCCACGUCGAUACGAGUCUACGGCGAGAGUGACAAGCCAUCUCGUCAAUUCGUUCCUGCCCAGGGCCCAACGGCGACCGAGUUUGUGACCGGGGCCGCGCUGAGGAGGGAUGUGUCCGAGGUGGAGAGGGCGGCCUGGAGGAGGCUGGAGGUGAAUGUCAAAGUAAAGUACGGAGCGUUGGAGGAGCAGAGAUUCGGCACCAAGCUCACCGACCAUCACGUAAUCAGCGUCCUCACCGAAUCAACCGCAGCAUACCGAGUCUACGCGUCACACCCCGAACCCGGCUCCUGUGCAACCUUCCACGACAGAGCCAGCAGCGAAACCCGUACCAGCGCAAUCGCAACUACCCCCAGCGCGCGAAAUCCCUGCACCCAAAACCGACGUGGCCGUCCUCCUGCCUCCGCGGCGUCCUCUCGAACCACUUCCACCAUGGCCACUGCGACGGCCGCCCCCAAACCGCCCAACCCCACGGCCGCGGGAGCUCAGAGAUUGGCAGCCCCGAUUCGAUAUGCGCAGACGACACUUAAGUGGGCGGCUGUGCCUCGGAGCGAGAGCAUAGAGACCAAGACGGCGAAAGAUAAUGUGAUCAAGGGCGUCCAACCAACGAAUGGAUCUACCACAAUGUCAAAAGAAAAUAUGAUGCCAACACAAAACGCGGCUAAUGAGGCUGCCGCCGCAACACAGCGUAACGCAGCUCUUUUGUCAACGGCCCGAACGACUAAGCCGCAAGCACCUAAGCAAGCCCUCCAACAAUUACCGUCACCGCCGAUUGCGGAAAAGCAGACUGUCGAGCCGCCCAAGAAGACCGCCUCGCCCGCUGCCGAGCGCAACAUUGAUAAAAUUGUCCUCGGUAAUAUCUGCUUCAAAACCUGGUAUCCUUCAUUCUACGGCAAGGAAGUCCUGGGUGAACCUUCUUCCCGGUCCGACGCAGCUGCUCCCGGCGGCAAAAACCACCCACGACGUGAGCGCGACCCAUCGCCGAUCCUCGACCGACUCUACGUGUGUCCCUCUUGUUUCAAAUAUUCCAAAGAGCUCGUCAUGUGGCUAGAACACGUGCGGGUGUGCGAGGUCAAGGAAUUUGUUCCCGGCAGAAAGAUCUAUACCCACCCCAAGAAUAGUGGCAGGCCAGCGCUUGUACCUGUCGAGACGAAUGUGAAAGGUGGUGUAAAAAGGAGGAGAGGAGAUGCUGCGGCGGCACCUGUGCCACAAGCCGUACAGGAUGAUGGUGAGUGGAGCAUCUGGGAAGUAGAUGAUAUCGCGGCGCGAAGGGAUUCUUGGGGGCCUGAGAAACCCAUCUCUGAGCUGGGCAGGAAGGGCUACAGGCGAUUCUGGGCAGGCGAGAUUGCGAGGUGGAUCCUAAGUCUCGAUGUCGCUUCCACAGCCGGCGCUGUAGCUGCUCGGAAGCGCAAGGCCGAAGAUAACGGCCCAGAGGAUCCGCAAGAGGUUGUCAUUGACAUUUACGAUUGUAGUAAGGAGACAUGGAUCACCCCGAAGAUUGCCUCGGCGUUCUCCGCGAGAUGGCUGUUGCCGAAGACGCUGGCUUGGGCCCUGAGCCAAGAGGUCCUUGGGGAGGACAAGGCGGGCGAGGCCUCCGCCGAUGUGGCCCAAGAGGCAGAGGUGGAGAUCACUCCUCGUCUGGUUCCUAGGGUGCGUAUUGUAAAGGACGCAGUUCGAGCUUGGGUGGCCUCCCAACGGAUCAGCCUGCAACGAGCAUGUGACCCAGACGGGUUCGACCCGACAUACCUGGAAGAGUUGGAGACGCUGAGGAAGGAAAGCCUAGAAGCCGAAGAAAUCGCUCUGUGA